AUGGAUAGCACAAAUGAAAUCCAAAAAAGCACCAAACUUAUCACAAUCAAAAAGCGAUUCAAAUCUAAGCUUGCAUCACUCUCCCCAGACUUAUCUAAAAAACUCCCACGAAUUCCAAGCUUACCUAAACUAAGUGAUUCAGAAACCUCUAAAGCUUCUUUAACUUCUCGUCCAAAGCAAGAAAAUGAAAAAGUUUUAAAUAAAAUAAAAAGCAAAUUCGCCAAUAGUUUAUCUAUCCUAUUUUACCUAACUGCUAUAAAAUAUUAUUUUCUAAUAUUUUUAGCUAAAUUAAUAUAAAAAAACAUAAAUUUUCUGCAAAUUUAUGCUAUUGUGGCUCUUCUGAUAUAUCUGAACAAGACAUAAGCAAAAUUUCAAAAAUUCAUGAUUCCAAUCAAAGAAGCCAUUGUGAGUCCUGCCCUUUGUCUAGAGACGUUUCUCAUACAAAAGAUCGGCCUGAAAAACUCAAAAACCUAUUUAAUAGAAGUCAAAACGAGCUUAAAGAAGUUUUAGGGCUUAAAGAGCCAGAAAUUUUAAUGCUACCUCUGCCAACUGAGCUUGACAAGUUGCAAAAUAUUGUAAAUAAAGACAAUGAAAGUGCGAAAAAUAACACCCAAGUGAUUAAAAUAACCGAAAGUCCUAUAAAAAAUGAAGUUUACAACAUGGAUGAUUUUUACCAUGAAAAAUUUAUGAAAGAUUUAGAAAUAGUAAAACGGAAAUCAAAUAAAUUUAUAGAGACAAAAAUCUCAAACCUAGCCAAAGAGGGCGGACUUUUAUUUAAAACGCAAUCUGGGUUAAUACAAGCAAGACUAACUCAAAUCUCUGAAGAAAAGCCACCGAAUUAUGCAGGAAAUCGAUCAAAAAGUAUAGGAAAUCCUUCAAAGGUAGAAAAAAAUAUUAAUUUAAAUACAGAGAGAGGAGCCCCUUCUGGACGUCGAGAAGUUGAGCUUUUAUGUAAUUGGCUUGAUUAUAUGCUAGAUAAAUAUGUAUACCAUACAGAAUUCGCUACAAUAGAAAAUAAAACUGAAGCUCUUCAGCUUAUUUAUACAGCCUGCUUUAAAGAAAUUAUAAGGCAAGUUUCUGUUCAUUGUAUAGAAAGAGGCCAAUUAUUAAAUAGAAUUUGGAACUCAAAUUUUGAAUUAAUCUGUAAUAAGCUUAAUUUGCAUACAAAUUAAUUAAAAAUUCAGGAUAUUCUAAUAGAAAACAGCUAUUAAUCAUAAAAAUUGAAAAAAAUUUAUUUUUAUUUUAGAAUAAACUCAAAAAAUAAAAAUAAAUUUUCUGAAGAAAUUGAAGACCUAAAACAAAGAUUUAAAGAGCUUGUAUCGAAAAACCAAAAAAAUUACGAAGAAAAACUUAAUGUGGUCACAAAAAAAUACUCAGAUAUCAAUGGAGAAUUAAGAAAAUCUAGCAAAGUCAUUAGUGAGCAGUCACAAGAAAUAGAAAGCUUAAGAAAUGAAUUAAAUGAAGAAAAAGCUAAAGCCAGAGAAAUUAAUAUGGCAUUGCAAACUUUAACAAGGCAGCAAAAUGUGAGCAUUAUUCAAUGGAAAAGUAGGGACGAAAAAGGAAAUUUAAUAAAUCCAGUUAGCUAUAGGACGGUUUCAACCUGUACAAUGGAAGAUGAAAAAAUUCUUCAGCCUAUUGAUGAAGAGCCUCUUGAAUUUACAAGGCGAACGUCGUUUAAAAGAGAAUUUUCGCUGCCUCCAAUGUUUAUGUCAAAACAUAGAGAAAGAUCUACUUUUACAGGCGACGACAAAUUAUUCGACAAUAUAGUAAUUUCAAAAGAAAAAUUAGACUAUUUAAAUAGUCGGGCAAUUUUAUUAGAAAAUUUCGAAGAAUUUACUAUAAGUCCAGCUUUUAAUUGUGAGCAAGUCAAUUGGAUGUCGACUUUAAUAAAAGGUUUCAGGAAAUUCAUAACAAAUUAUAUAUCAAAUAUGGAAAAAAAUAAAAAAGAAUUAUUGACUUUGCCCCCGCUUAGUGAGAAUGAAGAAGAGCAUGAGGUCACGCUUGUGAUCUGUAAAAGUGCAACAUCACAAGAAAGCAAUGAUGAGAAUUUUGAAAAAAAUAUGGAAAAUAAUGAGGAGAAGGUAAAAAUUGAAAUGGUUGAAAUAGAGACACAGACUGAAUUUGAUAGAAAAAAAGAAAUUAAAACUUAUAUAGAUGUUAUUGAAAUCGAUAGAGAAAAGUUGAAUUUUACUGGACAGCAGCUUGCAAAAUAUGAAAAAAAAAUAGAAAGCUUGAGCUUGUCAAAAAUAUUUGUAAAAAUUAUUGGGGAUUUAAUUAAGGCAGCCUCAGAUGUGGUAGGAAGACAAUCUAAAAUGAUGAAGCAAACCCAAGAAUUUUUUAAAAAAUUGCCGAAUGAAAUGGAAGAAAAAGAAAAUAGAAAUGAAGAGAUAAAAAUAGAUGAAGAAAAAUAUCAAGAAAAUAAAGAUGGGUUUAUAAAAGCAGUUUCGGAGCAUCAAAAAAGUAGUGAUAAAGCUGAAAACAGAGAAGAAUAUAAGAAUAAUUUGUCUCAAACUCUUGAAAACAGCACAAAUUCUUUAAAUUUAACUCAGAAAGUAAAUUUUGUAGAUGACUCAAAUUUUUCAAAUCUACUUGGAAAAAUUAAAAAACUGAAAACUCUCAUAAAUUCCUAUUUUUCCAACCCAAGCAAUUUAAAUGGUGAUAUUUCUGAAGAAAUUCUUAAAAAAGAAGCUAAUAAGCUAAGAAUUUCUAUCGAUAAUCUAUUUGACAAAGAUAUAAAUAAAUCCCAUUACCCUGUAUCAUUAUGCACACAAACCGAUUUUUAUGAAGAUAAUUCCCAAUUUAAAGAAGAAAAUAAAUCCACAAUCAUCAUCCCUGAAGAAGAAGAAAAAAAUUCUGCCUAUAACAUAGAAGACAGAAUUAAGCUUAGCUCACGACAAUGACAUAAAAAAAUUGCUACAAAACCAAGACAAUUUGCAAAUAAAAAACAAAUUUCAAAAAAGCAUCAUCCCUCUUCCAAAAUCCUAUUAUUGGCUGUCCAAAAAGCUGAAAAAGAAAGGGUACCAUAUCAUUUGAUUGGGGACUUUUUUAGCGAGACAUUUCCUCUGGAAAUUUCGUCGAAAUUUUUUUUACUCUUGAGAUAUUUGCUCCAUUUCUCACUAGUAAAAAAUUGGGUGCAGGUCCAAUGAUCGUUCACUUUUGAUAGUGUUCAUUUCACCGAAGUACAUUUAAUCGAAAAUUGGCUGAAGCUUUUUGAUAGUAAGACAUUUGACCACAAAAAAAACUGUUAAAUUUCGGCGAAUGUCCCACUAUUUAAAAUUUUGGAGCAAAUGUACUUCGGAGAAAUGCACACUAUCAAAAAUACACUGUCAUUUGACACGGAGACAAAAUUUCGACCAAAUAUUGCAGAGGAAAUAUCUCACUACCAAAAAUCAGGAGGAAAAGGCACGCACCCUAAAGAAAACCAAAUUUAAAGCCAACUUUGUCAAAGAAAACUUUAAUGAAAUUAAUAUAUUCUAUGUACACAGCAAGAACUUUAUUAAUUGAUGAAUAUCCAUCAAUUAAAAAAGUUGAUUUAUGUGAAAUGAUUUAUAUAAAUUUAUUAUGAAUAUUCACUGAUAUUUUUAUAAAUAAGCAAAAAUGAUUAUUUAUUAUAAUUAUUAUAUGAUGAAUUAUUACAAAAAUAUGGACUAAAGAGUGUGGCUGAAGACAAAUUUAAAGAAGUUAUAUUAUCAGCUAUAUGCUACUCUGAGUCUUCUAACAGAGUUAGAAAUUUUUUGAAAUUUGUGGGAGUGUAUGGGGAUUAUAAAAUAGAUGAUUUAGAUUUUUAUUUAAAAACUGUGGAAUUUAUCAACACAACUAAUAUUGGCACUUUUGUUCCUACUGAUGAUGGUGCUAGUGAUCUGUAUAUACCCUAUUCAAAAGCAAUUGCAAGCACAAAGUCACUUUUUGAGGAAAAAUUGUCGAAGGAAGAAUGAGAAAACUUGAAAAAUGAGAUUGAUACCAUAAAAGAGCCUUCUGAUUCAUUGAAAAAGGGUGCUUUAAAUGGUGAUUCCGACAAAAUAUGCAUAGAUAGCUUGCUAGAAGUUUUGAUAGGCCAUUAUCAAAAUCUAAAAAAUAAAUCCCACGAAUUUUACUAA